AUGACUUGGGAUGAGCAUAGAGUUGCAAGUAUCGACCUGGUGACCAAUGAACCAGUUGUAAACGAGGAGACAAUCAAGGGCGAAUUCAUUCGGUUUAUUGAACUGUUCAAGACGACACAAAAGGAGUACUCUCAUGUACUUUCGUCAAACAUCAACCGGAAUAACUUUUCUCUAACAGUAAGGCUGGAGCAUAUUUACCAGUAUUCGAGCCUUCUUUCUCAGGAGCUAUCCAAGAGGCCUGAAAAGGUUAUUGAGUGGUUUGAAGAGGCUAUAGUAAGUAAGUACAAUACAGGAGGGACAGAGGGAUUUCAGCUCCGUUUGGUUUCAGGAGGUAGGUGCAUACCCAUCAGAGAAAUAAAUGCAUCCCGGACAAAUAAGAUAGUGAAGAUACAGGGAAUAGUUGUUUCUGCAUCUUCUGUUAUCACAAAGCCGAAGGUACUGUUUCUUGUUUGCAGAAACUGCCUUAGCAGCAAAGAAGUUGUGGAUAUGAUUCCCAGGAUGUGCGACAAGGCAGAAUGCCCAGCCGAUCCUUAUAUUGUGAUACCUGAGAAAAGCAGGGUGAUAGAUGUGCAGUAUGUGAAGAUCCAAGAGUUUUUUGAAGACAUUCCUGUUGGAGAAACACCCAGGCACUUCAGCCUGGUUUUGGAAAAGGGAAUGGUUAACAGCUUGAUUCCAGGAUCAAAAGUUAUUAUUACAGGGAUCUACUGUAUGAGAAUGAUCCGUGACAGUUCUCUUCCAAUUGUAAAAGUGGUAGGGCUUGAGCAUCAGAAUCUCAAGAUUUCAAGAAUGUUUACAGAGGAGGAGGAAGAGAGCUUCAAAAGGCUUAGCAAAACAAACAUUUAUGAAAAGAUUUCAAAAUCCAUCGCGCCUUCGGUGUAUGGACAUGAGGAUGUAAAGAAGGCUCUAGCCUGCAUGCUGUUUGGAGGAACCAGAAGAGUAUUUGAGGAUAAAGUCACUCUAAGAGGAGAUAUCAAUGUUCUUCUUCUAGGAGAUCCGGGGAUGGCCAAAUCGCAACUUCUGAAGUUUAUGGAACUUGCAUCUCCCGUGGGUGUUUACACAAGUGGAAAGGGAAGCUCGGCAGCAGGACUAACAGCCAGUGUAAUAAGAGACAGCAGUGGAGAAUUUUAUCUUGAAGGGGGAGCACUGGUUCUUGCAGACAAUGGAAUAUGCUGUAUCGAUGAGUUUGACAAAAUGAAUGAGCAUGACAGAGUUGCCAUCCAUGAGGCCAUGGAGCAACAAACAAUAUCAAUUGCAAAGGCUGGGAUAACAACGAUGCUAAACACCAGAACAAGCAUACUUGCUGCUGCAAACCCGGUUUUUGGAAGAUAUGACGAUUAUAAGACUCCUGAUGAAAACAUUGAAUUUGGAGCCACCAUUUUAUCUAGGUUUGACUGCAUAUUUAUACUUAAAGACAAGUUUGGUCCCAAUGACAUCACUCUUGCAAAGCAUGUGCUCUCUGUCCAUCAAGACAAGGUCAGAGGGGAUGCUAAGUGUCCUGAAGAGACACAGGAUGGAAAUGAAGAAUGGGUCCUUGGGGAGGAAGAGCAUUCGGGGACCCUCCCGGUUAGCGUGUUAAAAAGAUAUGUACAGUAUGCCAAAGGCAAGGUGUUUCCAACACUUUCGGAUGCGGCAUCCAAGCAGCUGUCAAGAUACUAUGUCAACACAAGAAAAGAGGUUAGGCAGUUUGAACAAAGCACUCUGAAGCGGAACUCAAUUCCAAUAACGGUUCGGCAGCUAGAAGCAAUAAUACGGAUAGGAGAGUCACUUGCGAAGAUGGAAUUGAGCCAAGUAGUCUCCGAAAAGCACGUAGAGGAAGCAAUAAGGCUGUUUAAUGUAAGCACGAUGAACGCAGUUUCCCAAGGACAUAUGCUAGAAGGAAUGGUCCGUCCCGAUGUGAUCAACGAUAUCGAAGAGAUAUGCAACAGGAUAAAGCAGCUUGUACCAGUUGGAGGAUCAAUAAAAUACAACGAUCUAAUCAAAAGGCUUGAAGGAAAAGAUGAAUGGAUGUGCAAAAAAGCCAUCGAUUACAUGUGCAAACAAGAAAAGCUGAUAGCUAGAGAUAUGGGAAGAGUAUUGAUAAGGCAGCCUUAG